AUGCAAAAAGGUAUCUUGAUGCGAGAAAACUAUGCUGACAGUGCAUACAAGAACCCCGUGGAAUUUUACAAAGAACUCGUGAAAAAUUUUGAUGGUAUGUGCGUCCAUCUGCGCGUUCGUAAAACAAGAAUGAGUGUUGCUUUCGAUGAGGGACGCGUAAAAGGAGUGGAAUGUGCGUCCCUUGGUAUACCCGUGAUCGGCGAAGAUGACGACCCCGAAGUGUGCUAUACAGAGGAUGGAGAUCGGGAUAGCAAGAAAACAGUAGAGGAGAAUAAGGUCGACCUAUUGAAAAAUAACACCAUAUCGUUGAGACCGACGACCCAGCCGGAAGACUUACCGACGACCCAGCCGGAAGACUUACCGACGACCCAGCCGGAAGACUUACCGACGACCCAGCCGGAAGACUUACCGACGACCCAGCCGGAAGACUUACCGACGACCCAGCCGGAAGACUUACCGACGACCCAGCCGGAAGACUUACCGACGACCCAGCCGGAAGACUUACCGACGACCCAGCCGGAAGACUUACCGGCGACCCAGCCGGAAGACUUACCGGCGACCCAGCCGGAAGACUUACCGGCGACCCAGCCGGAAGACUUACCGGCGACCCAGCCGGAAGACUUACCGGCGACCCAGCCGGAAGACUUACCGGCGACCCAGCCGGAAGACUUACCGGCGACCCAGCCGGAAGACUUACCGGCGACCCAGCCGGAAGACUUACCGGCGACCCAGCCGGAAGACUUACCGGCGACCCAGCCGGAAGACUUACCGGCGACCCAGCCGGAAGACUUACCGGCGACCCAGCCGGAAGACUUACCGGCGACCCAGCCGGAAGACUUACCGGCGACCCAGCCGGAAGACUUACCGGCGACCCAGCCGGAAGACUUACCGGCGACCCAGCCGGAAGACUUACCGGCGACCCAGCCGGAAGACUUACCGGCGACCCAGCCGGAAGACUUACCGGCGACCCAGCCGGAAGACUUACCGGCGACCCAGCCGGAAGACUUACCGGCGACCCAGCCGGAAGACUUACCGGCGACCCAGCCGGAAGACUUACCGGCGACCCAGCCGGAAGACUUACCGGCGACCCAGCCGGAAGACUUACCGGCGACCCAGCCGGAAGACUUACCGGCGACCCAGCCGGAAGACUUACCGGCGACCCAGCCGGAAGACUUACCGGCGACCCAGCCGGAAGACUUACCGGCGACCCAGCCGGAAGACUUACCGACGACCCAGCCGGAAGACUUACCGACGACCCAGCCGGAAGACUUACCGACGACCCAGCCGGAAGACUUACCGACGACCCAGCCGGAAGACUUACCGACGACCCAGCCGGAAGACUUACCGACGACCCAGCCGGAAGACUUACCGACGACCCAGCCGGAAGACUUACCGACGACCCAGCCGGAAGACUUACCGACGACCCAGCCGGAAGACUUACCGACGACCCAGCCGGAAGACUUACCGACGACCCAGCCGGAAGACUUACCGACGACCCAGCCGGAAGACUUACCGACGACCCAGCCGGAAGACUUACCGACGACCCAGCCGGAAGACUUACCGACGACCCAGCCGGAAGACUUACCGACGACCCAGCCGGAAGACUUACCGACGACCCAGCCGGAAGACUUACCGACGACCCAGCCGGAAGACUUACCGACGACCCAGCCGGAAGACUUACCGACGACCCAGCCGGAAGACUUACCGACGACCCAGCCGGAAGACUUACCGACGACCCAGCCGGAAGACUUACCGACGACCCAGCCGGAAGACUUACCGACGACCCAGCCGGAAGACUUACCGACGACCCAGCCGGAAGACUUACCGACGACCCAGCCGGAAGACUUACCGACGACCCAGCCGGAAGACUUACCGACGACCCAGCCGGAAGACUUACCGACGACCCAGCCGGAAGACUUACCGACGACCCAGCCGGAAGACUUACCGACGACCCAGCCGGAAGACUUACCGACGACCCAGCCGGAAGACUUACCGACGACCCAGCCGGAAGACUUACCGACGACCCAGCCGGAAGACUUACCGACGACCCAGCCGGAAGACUUACCGACGACCCAGCCGGAAGACUUACCGACGACCCAGCCGGAAGACUUACCGACGACCCAGCCGGAAGACUUACCGACGACCCAGCCGGAAGACUUACCGACGACCCAGCCGGAAGACUUACCGACGACCCAGCCGGAAGACUUACCGACGACCCAGCCGGAAGACUUACCGACGACCCAGCCGGAAGACUUACCGACGACCCAGCCGGAAGACUUACCGACGACCCAGCCGGAAGACUUACCGACGACCCAGCCGGAAGACUUACCGACGACCCAGCCGGAAGACUUACCGACGACCCAGCCGGAAGACUUACCGACGACCCAGCCGGAAGACUUACCGACGACCCAGCCGGAAGACUUACCGACGACCCAGCCGGAAGACUUACCGACGACCCAGCCGGAAGACUUACCGACGACCCAGCCGGAAGACUUACCGACGACCCAGCCGGAAGACUUACCGACGACCCAGCCGGAAGACUUACCGACGACCCAGCCGGAAGACUUACCGACGACCCAGCCGGAAGACUUACCGACGACCCAGCCGGAAGACUUACCGACGACCCAGCCGGAAGACUUACCGACGACCCAGCCGGAAGACUUACCGACGACCCAGCCGGAAGAAUUACCGACCCAACCGGAAGAAUUACCGACCCAACCGGAAGAAUUACCGACCCAACCGGAAGAAUUACCGACCCAACCGGAAGAAUUACCGACCCAACCGGAAGAAUUACCGACCCAACCGGAAGAAUUACCGACCCAACCGGAAGAAUUACCGACCUAA